AUGGCUUCCAAGAAGGAAGGCCAAUUGGCCAAGGCGACUGGCGCGCCUGAGGACUUCACUCCCGAACGCUUUGAGAAGGAACUCAAGGACCUUGCGGCAAAGGCCAAGGAGAAUACUUUUGCCAAUCGUGCUACUAAACAGGCUCUUGUAUACUUCAAGACACUGAUGCUCCUGGGCUUGUUGGGCGUCGCCUCGAGCGCGUCGCAACUUAACUUGUCCCCUAUCUAUGGCUCCAUUCCCGCCGCGGUCACGCACUCGACUGCUCUCAAGGUCGCCUGCUUCAUUGGCUGGGCAGGCAAUUUAAUCCUCAACAUGUAUCUUCCUUUAUCGACGAUGCAGCUUCUUCCGCUUAUCGCGCUGAACAUCCCGGCUAUUCAGUUCCUCACGGGUUGCUUCACUGAUCGUCUUGGCAAUUGGUGGGGCCCUCUUCUCAUUGAGAGUCUCACUAUAUACCCUUUGGCUAUCUCUUCAGCCGCUGCCGUCGCCGAUAUUCUUGAGGACGCGGAUCUGAGUGUUCUCCCCAAGUUCUUCGCCGAUGCGGCGCCUGGCAUUGUCUCUUGGUCGCUGUACAGGCUGGCUGAGAACACGUCAAUGGACAAACUUCAGGGUGUUAUUGGCAGCACCUUUGUGCUUACUCGUGUUGGUUUGGAACUGUUCGUGGGUGCCAUCUAUGCUCUCAUGGCACCAUCCAAGUACCUUGUCCUGGCUAUUCCUGCUCUGUUACAUACUGCAGUUUUGAACACUCAUGUCAUGACGCCCAUGGCCACAGAGUCUCUCAACAACACCCUCCUGGCUCAAAAUUGGACUCUUCUGGACCGUCGCGAGUCAUUGACUGGUUACGUCUCGGUUAUUGAGAGCCUGGAAAUGGGUUACCGUCUGAUGCGAUGUGACCACAGUCUUCUUGGAGGACAAUGGGUCCAUGUUGGCGGCCGAAAGGUGUCUGAGCCUAUCUAUGGUGUUUUUGUCAUGCUCGAAGCUGUUCGUCUUGUUGAGCGUGAGACCCCUCUGGCCGACAAUGAAGCUAGUGCUCUCAACAUUGGACUUGGUAUCGGAACCACGCCUUCUGCUUUUGUCAGGCACGGUAUCGACACUACUAUUGUUGAGAUUGACCCUGCAGUUCAUGAGUUUGCUCAGAAAUACUUUGACCUCCGCGAGAACAACCCCGCUGCCAUUCACGAUGCGGUCUCGUACACUGCUGAUCUGGUCAACCAAUCCAAGACUUUUGACUACAUCGUUCAUGAUGUGUUUACUGGCGGUGCUGAGCCCGUUGACCUCUUCACUCUCGAGUUCCUGCAGGGCUUGGGCGACUUGCUGAAGCCUGAUGGAGUUAUUGCUAUCAACUACGCUGGCGACUUUGGUCUUCCUACUCCCGCGCUCGUCUAUCGCACCAUCAAGCAGGUCUUCCCCUCGUGCAGAACCUUCCGUGAGCACCCGCGUGACGAGAAGAACGUCGAGAAGUGGGGAAGCGACUUUACCAACAUGGUCAUCUUCUGCCGCAAGACUCCUGGAGAUAUCAAGUUCCGCCGUCCCCGCACCGGUGACUUCCUCGACAGCCAGGUUCGCCGAAACUUGCUGUUGCCCAAGCACGAGAUCAAGGAGCAGGUCUUCCUCGAUGAUGAAGGCACGGAUAUUCUUGCCAAGAACGACACGAGCAAGGUGACCAAGUGGCACCAGUCUAGCGCUGCCGGGCACUGGAACAUCAUGCGCGAAGUUCUGCCUGGUAAGGUCUGGGAACAGUGGUAA